AUGUCCAUAGAAAAAAGGCCGCUGGAGCCUGCUUCGGAUUCCACAAAGAAGCCAAAACUCAUUACUGAAUUCUUUGCUCAAGCCAACAACAAGCCGACGCGUAAGCCGAAAGUAACCAAGACUAAAGCUACGGUAAAGGCCGAUCUCAAGAAGGAUGAAGUGAAGCAAAAAGAAGAAGUCGUGAAAGAAGAAAUUACCUUGACUGCUCCAUCCGAAAAUGGUAAAACUAUAGAUGCUCAUGCUAAAAAUGGCCUUAAAACAGACCAACCUGACUAUAGUGCCUUUCUCGAGGAAGCCGGUUUCAACAAAGAUGAAUGGAUCAACACGCUUACAGAGGAACAGAGACAGCUACUUGACCUUGAAAUCAGAACAUUGCAUAUUACAUGGCUCGCAUAUCUUCACAAAGAGCUCACUAAACCGUACUUCUUGAAACUCAAGCGCUUUCUUCAAGUGCAGAUGGGAAACAAGACAGUAUUUCCUCCACCCAAAAGCAUUUACUCGUGGUCUCAUCUCACUCCAUUGCCUGACGUGAAAUGUCUUAUUCUAGGCCAGGAUCCAUAUCACAACUUCAAUCAAGCCCACGGCCUUGCAUUUCUGGUUUUGGAGCCCACUAGGCCCCCACCAUCGCUUUUGAAUAUCUACAAAACCCUUAAAAUUGAUUUUCCCCUGUUUCAGAUACCGGACUACAAGGAAUUGAGCAAACAGGGCAGGCCUGGUGGAGGAGACUUGACCAAGUGGGCCAAGAGAGGUGUUCUCAUGCUUAAUGCUUGUUUGACCGUCGAGGCCCACAAGGCUAAUAGUCACGCCAACCAGGGCUGGGAGAGCUUUACAGAAGAGGUUAUCAAGGUUGCGAUUAACUACGCAAAGAAAGAAAGAGGAAAGGGUUUUGUGAUCAUGGCGUGGGGUUCACCAGCUCAGAAGAGGGUGGCCAAUUUCGGCGCCCAAUUGAACUCCUCGGAUGUUCCAUUUCUUGUCUUGAGGACAGUGCAUCCCUCCCCGUUCUCCAUGGCCGGCAGAAAAAACAACUCCGUCGACUACGCGGAGUCCAGUGAUAGUGAAGAUGAUAAACCUCAGAUCGAAGAACCCGUUGACAUUUCCUCGCUAAAUAAAGAGGAGCUAGAAAGACGGAACAGGUUUUUGCUUAACUGUGAUCCAAAAGUGGCCAAGGAGAAUGAUGUUGACGAUUCAACGAAGAGGUUCAAGUACUUGUUGGGUCUCACUGACCUUUUCAGAUAUUUCAUUGAUAUCAACAUGUCCAAGGAUCCCAAGUUCAAGAAGUUGAUUAAGCUGAUCGACGGACAGAUCAACUUCAAGCAGCCUGCAAAGAAGCAAAAGAAAGGUCGCAGAAAGACUGAAAAGGAGGAAGACGCUGAACUUCUUGAGGACGAGGAACAUAUGGGGGACGAUGCUGAACAAAGGACCGUUCUCACUGAAUCUCCCAACUAUGUCAAGAGCGGCAAGUUGAGAGAGUACCAAAUACAAGGUCUCAACUGGCUCAUAUCGCUUUAUGAGAAUAGACUCAGUGGUAUAUUGGCUGACGAGAUGGGCCUCGGUAAGACCCUUCAGACGAUUUCUUUCUUGGGCUACCUUCGAUACAUAAAGAACAUUGAUGGCCCUUUCAUUGUUAUCGUGCCAAAGUCCACGCUUGAUAAUUGGAGACGUGAGUUUCAGAAAUGGACGCCAGAAGUCAAUGUCUUGGUUCUACAAGGCAACAAGGAAGAACGUCAAAAGAUCAUCAAAGAGAGGCUCCUUACUGCCAGAUUCGACGUUUUGAUCACAUCUUUUGAGAUGGUGAUCAGAGAAAAGGCUCAACUCAAGAAGUUCCGCUGGCAAUAUGUCGUCGUGGACGAAGCUCACAGAAUCAAGAAUGAGUCCAGUUCGCUUUCUCAGAUUAUUCGUUUAUUCUACUCCAAAAAUCGUCUUCUCAUCACAGGAACACCACUUCAAAACAACUUGCACGAGCUUUGGGCCCUUCUUAAUUUCCUUCUACCCGAUGUUUUCGGAGACUCAAAUGUGUUCGAUGAAUGGUUCAAUACCAACCAGGAAGAUUCGGAUGAGAAUGAUCAAGACAAGGUUGUUCAACAACUUCAUAAGGUUUUGAGUCCCUUUCUUCUCAGACGUGUAAAGGCCGAUGUUGAAAAGUCGUUGUUACCCAAGAUAGAAACAAACGUUUACAUCGGAAUGACCAACAUGCAGAUUCAAUGGUACAAGAAGCUUCUCGAGAAGGAUAUUGAUGCUGUGAACGGUGUGGUUGGUAAACGAGAAGGAAAAACGAGAUUGCUCAACAUUGUCAUGCAAUUGAGAAAGUGUUGCAACCAUCCUUACUUAUUCGACGGCGCAGAGCCAGGCCCUCCCUAUACGACUGACGAGCAUUUGGUUUUCAAUGCGGGCAAAAUGAUCAUUCUUGACAAGAUGUUGAAAAAGUUCAAAGCAGCUGGUUCUCGUGUCUUGAUCUUCUCACAAAUGUCACGUUUAUUAGACAUUUUGGAAGAUUACUGUUUCUUCAGAGACUACGAGUACUGUCGGAUUGAUGGUUCUACUUCCCACGAAGAUAGAAUCGAGGCAAUUGAUGACUAUAAUGCCCCCAAUUCCGACAAAUUUAUUUUCUUGUUGACUACAAGAGCUGGUGGAUUGGGAAUCAACUUAACAUCCGCUGACAUCGUGGUUCUUUUCGAUUCUGAUUGGAAUCCUCAGGCCGAUCUCCAAGCUAUGGAUAGAGCGCACAGAAUUGGUCAGAAAAAGCAAGUCCAGGUUUUCAGGUUCGUAACUGAAAACGCAAUCGAGGAAAAGGUCCUCGAUAGAGCUGCUCAAAAACUAAGACUCGAUCAGUUGGUCAUUCAACAAGGCAGACAGUCUUCAGGUAACAGUAUCGGUAACACAACUGAUGAUUUGUUGGGCAUGAUUCAGCAUGGUGCCAAAGAAGUCUUUGAAUCCAAAGGGUCCGCGAUGCUUGAUGACGAUGUUGACGCUAUUUUAGCGAGAGGAAGAGAGAAAACAGCAACUCUCAAUGCCAAGUUCAACAAGCUUGGGCUCGACGAUCUUCAAAACUUCACGUCAGAUGCCUCAGUUUAUGAGUGGAACGGUGAAAAUUUUGCCAAGCGUGCCAAUGAAGGUUUGGGUCUCUCAUGGAUCAACCCUUCAAAGCGUGAAAGAAAAGAACAGACUUACUCAGUUGACAGUUACUACAAAGAUAUGCUUAAAGCGCCGGGUGGACUCAAGCAGGGUGCACCAGUCAAAAUGAGACAGCCAAAGGUGUACCACUAUCAAGACCAUCAGUUCUUCUCACCUGAGCUUCGUGACCUUUUGGAGAGAGAACAGCUUGCUUACAAGAAGGCUACGAAUUAUCAGUAUUCAGCCGACGACUUUGGCGAUAGUGAUGAAGAAUUCUUGAAUGAAGAUGAUGAGAAUGAAGGACUAGAGCGAGAGGAGAGAUUGGCGCUCGAGCAAAAGCGAAUUGCGGAAGCUGAACCACUCACAGAGGAAGAACUCGAGCUAAAAGAAAAGCUCUUAGCUGAAAGCUUUCACUCCUGGUCCAGAAGGGAUUUCACCAACUUUAUUCACUCGUCCGCUCGUUACGGAAGACACAAUUACAAGGACAUUGCGAAUUCCCUCUCUAGGGACAUCGAGGAAAUUGAAAGAUAUGCAAAGAAGUUCUGGGAGUGUCACAAGGAAAUUGAAGGACAUGAGAAGUAUGUUGCGCAGAUAGAGGCAAGUGAACGAAAGGCUUUCAAAAUGCAAAAUCAACAAAGAAUUCUCGCUAGCAAGAUUGAGGAAGCUGAAGAUCCGCUUGAAGAGCUCAAAAUUCAGUAUCCUCCGAACAACUCGAAGCGCAUCUACUCAAAGCUCGAAGACAGGUUCAUUCUUUUCUGCGUCAACAAGCACGGCAUAUUUUCUGACAGGCUAGGAGAAAAGAUCAAGGAGGAGAUCCAAGAAAGUGAUCUUUUCAAGUUCGAUUUCUACAUGCUCUCUAGAACGCCACAGGAGAUAAGUAGAAGAGUGAACACUUUGAUGCUUGCGCUUGCUCGUGAGAACGAUGGUGGUCUGGGAAAGAAAAAAGGAAAGCAAGCCAGCAGUACACCAAACGGCGCCUUGAAGCAGGCUUCAGUUGACCCUCUCUCGGAUGAAGGUCAUGUAAACGGCAACGGAAGCGCCAAAAGGAGAAAGCAGGUUGAUCAAACAGCUGAAGAAGUGAAAAAGAUCAAAACUGAGAACGACAAUUGA